UUGGUGCGCGAGCGCGUCGUGCCGUCCGGGUCGCUCGAGGGUUUCUGUGGGUGGAAGGCUUGGAGUUCUGUGGCGAGGAUGUUUCUUUCACCUUCUGCCGGUUCGCCUCAUACUCCAGGCGGCGGCGCCGGUGGGGGGCCAGGCCGAAGAGGUCUCCGGCCGGCAGGCCGAAAGAGCCGAGGGCUGGCAACUCCUUCCGUCAGUUCCCCGGCCCUGUUCUCUCCGGCCACCAGGAAGAGCCUCGGUUCUCUCUCCGCACGAUCUACACCAACAAAAGUUAUACACCAUCCAAUAGGAUGUGAAACCAGCAGUUAUGAGAUGAGAAACUGUGGCUCACCUCUGCCAGUGAAAGUUGUAGAGGCCUUGAGAAUGGCUGGUGCUGAGGACCAUUUGAGUAUAGAGCUAGAUGAAAGUGGAUGGGCUUGGCUGGUCUAUAAAGACAGGUUAAUUAUUUGGAAGAUUGGUCUGCCACCAGUUGCUAAGCUGUCUGCAUGCAAAGAACUGCAGUUACCCCCCAGUGACUAUCUGUGGAGUGCAGGCUUAGUAGCAAUAUCCUACCUUGCCACACCUGGUGAAGCACCUUCUUUACAGUCUUUGUCAGUAAUGGCAGCCACCAGUGAAGGAUCAAUACGUUAUUGGCCCAGCCUUGCACAUGAAAGUUCUUACAUUGAGACACAUACAGAUUUUGGAGGUGCUCUCUGCAGUUUUCUGACAGCUGUAAAGGGAGGAAGCUUCAUUUUAUCCACUUCACGGAGUCAGUUCAUCCGACUAACACCAGAUAGUACUGGAAAGAUUCAUCAGCAUAACCUGCCACAGGGACAAGGGAUGUUUUCUGGACUAGGCAGAAGAGUCUCUUCUCUUCUGGGAAUUUUGUCUCCCACUAAUGAGGCAGCACUUUCAAGUGUCCUUUGGGACAGCAGUGGUUCAAGAUUUUAUGCGUUGACCAGUUCUAACCUUCACAAAUGGGAACUAGAUGAUACUGCGGAGCGCCAGGUUCUUAGCUGGGACAUGAAUAAAAUACUUAAAGAAAGCGUAAUGGAGUCAAUCUGGGGAUCUGAAAGCAACUAUGAAGACAUUAAAGGAGAUAUCAAUGUGCAGUAUUUGGAUUUGCAGCAAAAUUGUGAUGGAUUAGUGGUUUUGGCUGCAGCCUGGCAUCUUGGCGACAGUCCCUGUCUCAUCUAUUAUACUUUGAUAACAAUAGAGGAUAAUGGCUACCCUACAUCUGAUAAUGUUGUUGUGGAGGUCAUGCAAUAUAACCCACCUUUUCAGCCUGAAGAACUGAUGUGCCAUUUGAUACUACCAGAUUUCUCCAGUCAUGCUGCUUGUCUUUACACAGAGAAUGAGUUAUUUGCUUGUUCAACUGGUACAGGAAGAACUUCUUUGCCCCAAGAGAGAAUGACUUUAAGUGUUCAAGGUGAUAUCAUUUUAGGAGCAGGUUCUGCAACCGGACAUCCCAUCUUUUUUACUAGAAAACAAGGACUUGUGGCCCUAUAUCCCAGGGAAACCAUUUCUGUGAUUCCUGGAGACAUUGAGGAGUCUUUAGCCUCCUCUCUAGCUGAGCCAAAUGAUGAGACUAUUGCAUUUGAUGCUUCUUCCCGAAUGGAUAUUAUAGCACAAGAGGAUAAAUCAAAAAUGUUAAAAUCUGCUUUUUUGCAGUAUUACAGGAAUGAUGCAAAGGGUGCACAAGCUGUAGUUGCUGAGGUGUUUCCCCAACAUGUAGAUUCAUGUCCUGAUGCUGAUUUGGAUAGUGCUGUAACUCUACUCAGUGAGGAACUGAUAGAUGAGUAUCCUAUGUCUGAUCCACGGUGGGCCGAAUCAGUACCUGAAGAGGUACCUAGUUUUCCCAGUUCCUCCAUCAUUCUUCUUCGCCAGCUGGACAAUAAAUCACAAGCACAUUCCCUUUUCAUUGAGUUUCUUCACCAGGUGGGUCUAUUUGGACGCCUGCGUACUGUUCAAGUAAGAGGCUUACCAAUGGCAACUCGAUUGUUACUCUGUGAACAUGCAGAAAAACUUGCGGCAGCCAUUGCUCUUAAGAACCAUCACUACAGAUUGCCAGAUGUGGUGAAUACUGCAAUACAGAUUGCUUUGGAGAAAAAAGAGAGUGAUGUUCCAUCAAGCUUAACUCCUGUGGAUGUUUUCUUCAGAAAGGUGUCAGAAAUAGAUGCUAUUUUUGAAUGCUUACUGGAAAAGGAAAAACAAAUUCUGAACGAUGCGUCAGCUCAGUCUGAUGAGUGGGCUGAAAUAGUCAUCAGUGUAAACAAUAUCAUAAAGGAUAUGCUGCAAGCUGCUACCCAGGAACGUCAGUCUAAGGCCUCUUUAUAUAAAAUAAGAGAGCGUCUUGAAGUGGAACCAGAGUAUGUUCCAUGGACAGCAUCUGUUGGCGUGCGAACAGCAAUAGUACAACAACAUGAAAUCAUUUUGAAGAAGGCCUAUCCUCAACUUGGCAGUAAGCUUCGUAUCACAGUGACAGAACAGCUGGUGGCACUGUUAGAUUGUUUUUUAGAUGGUUAUGUUUCUCAGCUUAAAUCUGUGGACCGGCCUGAAUAUCAGGAGCGUUACAACACUCUAGAAAUGGAAUACCAACAGAAAAGAUCCGAACUAUUGUUGCCUCUACUUUCACUUGGACAGUACCAGCUAGCUGCUGCUUUGGCAGAAAAAUACCGUGACUUCGAUAUUUUGGUACAAAUAUGUGAACAGACUGAUAACCAGGCCAAAUUGCAACGUUACAUGUCCCAGUUUGCUGAUCAGAAUUUUUCAGAGUUCCUUUUUCGUUGGUAUUUGGAGAAAGGAAAACGUGGAAAACUCUUAACUCAACCCAUUGCCCAGCAUGGCCAAUUGGCCAAUUUCUUGCAAGCUCAUGAGCAUCUCAGUUGGUUACAUGACAUCAACAGUAAUGAUUUUGAAAAGGCUCAUCGAACACUGCAGAAUUUAGCAAAUACAGAAACACGGUACUUUGCAAAGAAGAAAACUCUUCUUGGCUUGAGUAAAUUAUCAGUGUUGGCUUCAGAUAUAUCAGAUGUGAUGAUGAACGAUAAAAUUGAAGAAAUUACUGAACAAGAAUGCUUUCUCCUUCACCAAGAAACUCUACCUGAACAAUUACUGGCUGAGAAAAAGUUAAAUCUCAAUGAGAUGCCUGUAUUGAGUGCUUCUCAGCUGAUUGAGUUAUACAUAAGCGAUGAGAACAGAAGGGCUAAUGAAUUUGACUUCAAGAAGGCACUUGAUCUGCUGGAAUAUAUUGAUGAGGAUGAGCAAGUGGACAUAAACUAUCUUAAACUUAAAAUACUUUGCAAAGCUCUCCUGAGAGAUGGUUGGUCCAGUUCUGAAGGCAAAGAUGAUCCAAUUGAAGCCUCUAAAGACAGUAUAUUUGUGAAAAUACUACAAAAGCUGUUAAAAGAAGGUGUUCAGCUCAGCGAGUAUCUGCCUGAUGUGAAGGACUUGCUGCAAGCAGAUGAACUUGAACACUUAAAAUCUAACACAUCCUUUGAAUUCAUACUGAAAGCAAAUUAUGAGCUAUAUGUCUACAGCCAGGCUUAAAAUUUUUUGAACAAAUAAUUAAAGUUUUCAUAAUUUUUGUAAUGUUUUAUAUUAGUUUUGCAAUAAAAUAUUCACUGUAAA